AUGAGUGUUGAAUUUUCAGAAGAUCCAAUUACCACAAAAAGGCGAUUGAAUCUGAACAACCGUCGAGCAAUUGCGGAGUGGCUUUUGAAAGAAAGUAAGAAUGGAAAACUUAAACAUGGUUCUGUAAAGGAAGCAAAUAUUUUGUUCAACACAUCAAGAAGUACCAUUGAUCGUAUUUGGAGACAAGCUAGAUUAUGUGUUGCUAAUGGUGACAUGUUAAAUGUUUCUACUAAUCUUGGAGGCAGAGUUGGGAGAAAACGCAUACAAGUCGAUAUCAACCAAUUCAAAGAAAUUCCACUAUGUCGUCGAACAAAUAUUCGAUCUCUUUCUUUUGCAAUAAAUAUGGCAAAAUCAACAGUUUUUCGACGUGUGAAAGAAGGUGCAAUUAGGCCACACACCAACGCCAUCAAACCACAUUUAAUCGAAGAAAACAAAAAGGCGAGACUUCGAUUUUGCCUCUCAAUGAUUGAUCAGAGUACACUUCACUCAAAUCCCAUGUUUAUAGACAUGUUUAAUUAUAUCCAUAUCGAUGAAAAAUGGUUUUACUUAUCGAAAAAAUCUGAAAGGUAUUACCUUAUUCUCGAAGAAGAAGAGUCUAAUCCGUAUCGUUCUUGCAAAAGUAAAACUUUUAUCACAAAAGUUAUGUUUAUGGCAGCUGUUACACGUCCUAGAUUUGACGUUAAUGGAGUUGAGUUAUUUUCGGGAAAAAUAGGAAUUUUUCCGUUUGUAGUUAAGGAACCAGCCAAACGGAAUAGCAAAAAUCGAACAGCAAGAACUAUCGAAACAAAAUCGAUUUUAUCGGUGACUAAAGAUAUCACAAGAGCUUGUUUGAUAGAGAAAGUUCUUCCAGCCAUUCGAUCAAAAUGGCCAGCUUCAACGUCAAGUGCACCCAUUUUCAUCCAACAAGAUAAUGCAAGACCACAUAUUGGUGUUAAUGAUUUGGAAUUCAUGGAAGCCGCUCAACGAGAUGGAUUUGAUAUUAAGUUAUGCUUUCAACCCCCUAAUAGUCCUGAUCUUAACGUUUUGGACCUUGGAUUUUUUAGAGCAAUUCAAUCUCUUCAAUAUCAAAAUGCUCCUUCAAAUGUUGAUGAAUUAGUGGAGGUUGUUGAAAAAUCAUUCAAUGAAAUGAAAAUAAAACGACUCAAUCAUGUAUUUUUGACUUUGCAAUGUUGUAUGAAUGAGGUGAUGAAAGAUAGUGGUGGCAAUAACUACAAAGUGCCUCAUAUGAACAAAGAAAGACUCGAAAGAGAAAAUGAUCUCCCACUUCAAGUUCGUUGUGAUGUUGAUGUUGUUAAUCAAGUUUUAACUCUACUUCAACAGUGA